CUAAGAUACUUUUACCUUCUGGUAACAACUAGUUGAGUACGCGUUUCUUGCAUUAAAUUGCUUCCGUCUUCUAGCUGCAUUUAUUCUUGCAAAAAAAUCUGCAGCAACUUUCUUGUCUAAGUAAUCCCAAUCUCCAAGGCAACAGCCAGCAACUACUUAAUAAAGCUCUACUAGCUCAGCUCUACUAGCUGCCAACGAGCAGGGAGCACGACAUCGACAAAAUGGGCAGUGGUUCGCCAAAGUUUUGGGGUAAUAUGACCCUAGAGUCCCCCUUUUUUCUCAUCCAUACCUGCGGUUCAGUCGUGUUGACCUUGGCGGUCAUCCUCUUUCUGGGGUUGAAGAAGUGGCAAGAAGCAAAUCUCAAGUGUCUUUCGAAUCAUCAAAAGUUAUGGCUCACCCUUAUCAUGAUCCAUCUUCGGAAGCAUCUCUCUCAGAAACGUUUGCAAGGGGAUAACGGUCUCAACAGGAUGGACUUCGAGAAGGAUUACUUAGGGUGAGCUCUAAAUGAAAAGGUUAAUAGCAACGAGGACAAAGUCGGAAAGGAGCAGAAAGACGAAUCUGCGACGCCUUCUGAGAAGGCUCCUGGAAAACCCUGUUUUAGUGUUGCAGGAGCUUAUCUCUUAGAUGGAUCAUGCCAACAUGGAAAUGGUACUAAACACGCACACGCAGUCGUGGCAGCGGCCAAGAAGGACAAAGAGGUGGUGGUCUUGAAUCAUGAAAUCAGGAUGAAACUGAAUCAGGAAAAAAUUUCGAAGAAAUUUCAACAGAAAGUGUAUGCUCACGUUGCGUAUCGUCGAAGCUUCUUGGGAUGCGCGCUCUACUGUCUGAUCACGCU